AUUUCACAGACUUCUAAAUAUUUUAUGACAUAGUUUUUGCUCAUUCCUAAUAACUACAUAAUCCUGCAAUGGGGAAUCAGAUGAGUGGUAGUGAAGGUGAAGAAGCAAAUAUUUCAGAAAGACAUUCAUCACAUGUUGUUAAUAUUGAUCAGUCACAUAGUAGGCCAAAGCCAAUUCCUAAGUCAAGGAUACGAUUGGUACCAUUAUCAGGAAGUCCUUCUACCUCAGCAGAUAACGCACCCUUUUCAUCUUUGUCAAAUUCAAAUGGUUCAAGAAAUGCUGAAUCAAGGGAAUCAAAUAUGCCAGUAUAUCAUCUUACCCCGAAUCAACGUCGAUCAGCCAAUCAGCUUUCAGAAGAAGAACAAGUCAAAAUUGCUCAAAGAAUUGGCCUUAUUCAACAUUUACCCAGGAGUACUUGGGACAAUUCACAGGUUGAAAAUAAAAAAGUCAGAGAAUGCUGCAUCUGCAUGAUAGACUUUGAGGAUGAAGAACCUAUUCGAUAUCUACCAUGUAUGCACUAUUAUCAUGUGAAUUGUAUUGAUGAUUGGCUCAUGAGAUCUUUUACUUGUCCUACAUGUAUGGAACCUGUUGAUGCUGCUCUACUUUCAAGUUACGGAAAUCAUAAUGUUACUACAGAAAGCUGAUUUCCUUGCUAUUCAAAACUAUCGUGGACUAUGAGAAUUGCCACCGGCAGUAUUACAAUAUUGCAUUUAUUUUUGUUUUCAUGGUACAUGAUAUUUGAUAUCGAUGGCAUGUUUGGCUGUAUAAUGACUGUGAUGAUGUGCCACUGCUGUUGAACGUUGGUGUGGUCGUAUGUGCUGUUUGCAACAGACUUCAAUAUAUAUCAACCUAAUUGAAGGAAUGGUAAAUUAUUUGAAGCUCAAUAAAUAUAAUUACUGUGAAUUGUUUGCCGAAGGGACUGGAAGCAAUAGAAGCAUUUCAUAAUGUGUUUUACUUUCGUUUAUUGUUUUUAAAGUUUAAAAAAUGGCGUUUUAUCAUUUUCCUGGGUUUGCUGCCGACUUAUUCUACUUAUUAUAUAGACAAGGUUGGACUCCAUUAUUUAUUGACAAUCAUUACACAAAUAUUUUUAUCGAAGUGUCAAAAUAUCGCUUCGUGGAACAUCUGGUAUUUGGCCUAACUUUUCUCUUCAGUGACACAGCAACGAUUUCUCAGUCUCACAUUCUCGAAACCUAUGUUUACUUGGCUUAUAUUUAUGCGAUCUUGGAAAUGUUUUUCUUAUUUUUUAUUGCUUGCUUAGUGCUGUCUUAGAGAAGUAGUUGAUGGACGCCUUUGCUAUUUGUAAAUACUAUAUCAUGCACUCAAAAUACAGCACUUGUAGAUUGCACUUUCAGCAUGUAAUUCGGCGUUUUAAAUUACAAUCUAACAUAUUGCUGUAUAUUUAAACAUACUUGCGCCUUGGCAGGAUUUCUGCUCAUUUUUUUGCUGAUAAGAGAGUCCAAGAAAUGAAAUUUUCUAUUCGCGCUAUGCUAAAAUUUUCGAUCAUGAGCUGCUGUUUACAAGCCUAGAUUCCAACAUGUUUUUGUCAUUUGUUGGUAAUUAAUGCAGAAAAUAGGGCGCUCUCAUAGUAUGUGCCACAAGAUGGCGGACACGCACCAGGUUAGGGUUGGACCAUAAUUUUAUUCCAAUUUUUCCUAUUUUAGUUCUAUUACGAGUUCGGGGACUAACCAAGUGACUCCCGUGGUAUUUGUACAUGAAAUUAUGGCCUAACCUGAUACACCUACUACGGGAGUACCAAAAUAAGUCGAUGGAAAUUAUUCAAAAUUUCGCUCGAUCAUUAUUGUUUUGAACCUUGAUUGACAGACUUGUAUUUCUGUCGUACAUGCCUGCGAAUGAAAUGUUUUGGAUUUUUUUUCGCUUUUGAGUGUUCUCAAGCUGUUGUUGUAGAUGGUAGCUUUUAUUGAUAUGCUAUUUGUAUAUGGUCCGCACCUGAUUUUACUUGUAAAACUUGUCGACUAUACCUUUCAAAAGAAGUCUUCAGUUUAUGAUGAUGAA